AUGGAUCCAAACAAGGCUGGCAACGGCGACAUUGAGUUCUACGUCGUUCCAGAUAGAUCAGCAUAUCUUGACAUACUUCCCACAAAGCGCCUUGAGGACAUCUAUGCGGCAUCGCAGUUUGAUUCCGCAAUAGAACUAGUGGCAGACGCUCUCAGUCUGAACUGGCGAUCUGCGGCGUACCUCGCGCAAGUGCCUUCGACGCUCAUCCAUAAGUCCUGGGAGACCGGUCGAUGGGAAUACCAUGAGGACGACGAGUGCCUUCUUACCCAUGCAGAGAUGUUUGUUCAGGGAUUGGCUAGUCGAAUAGUUGAUAUGGAGCUAUCUCCAAGCACUCGUACGUCGCUCUUAAAGGCGUGCUUGGACAUCGCCGCGGAAUAUUGUGCGAAGAAGCCUUUGAUUGAAAAGGAGAUGCUUGACUCAACGUUUGCGCAGAUGGUUCAUACUCACCCAUUCGGGAUGUACGUGUGGUACUCACAGGCGGCUGCAUUUCUUUUCACGUUUGCGACCUACGAACACUUCGUCAUACAGAUCGCAAAUUGCAUCGAUCCGAAUGCCAGCAUUUCUGCGCGAGGACGUGACCUCAACAAGCAGCUCAUCCGAGUCUACGGCGAAAGCCUGACUGGGCAGGUAUGGACUGGUCCUCAGGUCUCUCUUUGGCGACUCGUACGAAACGCAUUGGCACACAACGCCUCGUACGAGACCCCAGAGUUAAAGGACAUCGAGCACUCCUACACCGUGCAGGGUGGAACUUCAUCGCCGAGUUAUGAAGAUCCUAAAGUUCGCAAAAGGAAAGCUGAGCAUCUGAUGCACUUCCGCACGCGCGCUAUCCACAUCGGCCAAGAACCCGACCCCGCCACCGGUGCCGUGGUGCCGCCGAUCCAUAUGGCGAGUACGUUUGCUCAGCCCGGCGCUGGGGAGUGGCGGGAGUACAACUACUCGCGUAGCGGGAACCCCACGCGGCAUGCUCUUGAGGUGACAGCCGCGUCGCUAGAGGGCUGCGGGCCUGAGGGCGGGGCGCUGGCGUUUGCGACGGGGAUGGCGGCGAUUCAUUGCGUCAUUGCUUCGCUGCGGGCGGGGGAUCAUAUCCUGGCUUCGAGCGAUCUUUAUGGCGGCGCCUAUCGGCUGUUGCACAAGGUCGCCGACCGCGCGGGGCUGACGGUGACGCUCGCCGACGCCACGGACCUGGCGGCGUUUGAGAAGGCGAUCGAGCCCAACACGCGGCUGGUGUGGGUCGAGUCGCCUGGCAAUCCGCUGAUGACGAUCAUUGAUCUUGAGGGAGUGGCCGAGAUCGCCCAUCGGCACGGCGCCCUGGCGGCGUGCGACAACACGAUCGCGACGCCCGUCCUGUCGCGGCCGCUGGAGCUGGGCAUGGAUAUCGUUAUGCACUCGGCCACCAAGUACUACG